AUGACCACCAACAACCCCCGUGAAAAUUUGUUGAUGUCAACACCAUCAUCAAAAUCACCAUCCUCCGGAGCAUUUUUCAAUGGUCCUAGUGAACAAAAGGAGGAUCUGGCUGCAAUGCCCUUUAAGAGAUGUAAGGGUAGACCACGGGGCUCCAAGAACAAACCCAAGUCCUAUAUUGAGAUUGAAGAAGAACCCGAUAACAUCAUGAAAUGGGUUGUCAUCAAAAUCCCUACUGGAGACGAUAUAGUGCAGUCUCUCAUCAAUGUUGCUUUGCAUCAUCGAGCUAACAUCACUAUCCUAGGAGGUUUCGGUCUUGUAUCUGAUGUUACACUUCAUAAUUCAGUGUCCCAAGUCCCUCCGUUAACAAUAUCAGGAUCCUCUCAAAUGGUAUCUAUCAGUGGAACUUAUUUCAAUACCUAUAAUGGAGUUUUCAUUGAACCUUUUCAUUCUUCUUUUUCCAUUUUCCUUGCUGGUGAUCGCGGGGAAGUGUUUGGUGGGACUGUUGUAGGCAAACUUAAGGCUGCAGCUGAUAUUUUAAUCACAGCCACUCUUUCAAAGAAGCCUGAGUUUUAUAAAGGAGACACCAUAAAUGAAAGUAUUCAAGAAGUUGAACAAGAUGGACACAAAAACACUCCAUUUAUGUCUAGUAAUGGUGUUACGGAAACAAAUUCAAACCACCCAAAUUAUCAAUUCCUUGCUCCUCCUCCAGGUUUUGAGGAUGUCAAGCCGUGGAACCAUUGCAUUCAUACUAAUAAUUACUAG